AAAGUACUGUUUGCUGCGCUUGUUUUAGUUAGUAUUGGAGGCUAUUUAGCAACAUCACCCGGAAGCAUUUCACUGAUACACCUGAAAUAACUUGCUGUGAAAAAGAGAAAACAUGGAGUAAUAUUUGCUAUUAACUUUACUUUUCCUUUGAAAUUCUGUGAGUAAAUCUUGUGGCUGGGCAAGAUGGCUUCUACAUCCGAGUCGGACAAACCGUCAGUUUCUGAUGUGGAGGAAAACAGAACUCGUCUCUGCGAUGAGUUUGCUGCAAUAGCGGGAACGGACAGCGCUGUGGCUCAGUGCUACCUGGCUGAAAAUGAGUGGGAGAUGGAGAGAGCUUUGAACUCAUUCUUUGAGGCAGACCUGGAGAGAGUAUUUGAAGAGGAAGAUUCUCCAGAGAGAGGCACUAGCCCUAAACCCAAAAGACAGAAGGUUGAUGAAAAGGCUACAGGAGACUGCAUAGAUCUGACCGAAGAGAGUCCUGUCACCUCACACAAACCCUCAGAGGAAGAUGAUGGUAAACUGUCCGUGAUCUCCUGGAACGUUGACGGACUUGAUACAGACAACCUUGCAGAGCGUGCCAGAGGCCUGUGCUCCUACUUAGUCUUAUAUACUCCUGAUGUGGUGUUCCUACAGGAGCUCAUUCCACCUUAUGUCCAGUAUCUGAAGAAACGGGCUGUCAGCUACUUGAUCAUUGAAGGUGGUGAAGAGGGUUACUUCACUGGGAUGAUGCUGAAGAGGUCACGAGUCAAACUGCUGGAGAGCGAGACAGUAACUUACCCCACCACGCAGAUGAUGAGGAAUCUGCUUGUAGCUCAAGUGGAUUUCAAAGGCCAGAAGCUUUGUCUGAUGACGUCCCACCUUGAGAGCUGUAAGGGCCAUGCUGAGGAGCGGAUGAAGCAGCUGCGAGUGGUGAUGCAGAGGAUGGGAGAGGCAGCAGAUGAUGUCACCGUCCUGUUUGGAGGGGACACAAACCUGAGAGACCCUGAGGUGGCAAAGGUGGGCCUGCCCUCCAGUGUCUGUGAUGUCUGGGAGCGACUGGGCAAGCAGGAGCACUGCCGCUACACAUGGGACACCAAAGCCAACAACAACAAGACCGUUCCCUAUGUCAGUCGCUGCCGCUUCGACCGGGUCUACUUCCGCCCGGCAACCAAAGAUGGAGUCCCACGUCUGGCCCCCGACCACAUGGCCCUGGUGGGGCUGGAGAAGCUGGACUGUGGACGUUACACUAGUGAUCACUGGGGAAUCUACUGCAGCUUCUCUGCCGGGUAGAAACCCACAAAACAAGCUUAGACAUGCGAGUCAAAGCUCUCGUUUGAAAUCAGCUGGUCUAGUUUGUCUUGUGUGUUUUACAGUGCCAGCGUUGCCACUGGGUUUAAACCACAGAAACACUUUCUCUGUGAAAGAAGAUGACCUGAUCUCAUCUGAGAUUUGUUGCCUGUAAAUAUUAUAUCUUGGUUUGUGAAUUUUAUCCUCUAAUGUGUCUCUUGUUGGAGUCUGCUCAUUUUUCCCUCUACUUAAAACUACUUAAAAGAGAUGUAGAAAGCACCAAUAAAUAUUAAAAUAUCAAA